AUGUCGUCCUACAACUACAACUUCAAUCGGCACAAUUCCAUCGGGGGAAACUGGCACUUGCCGCCACUUCAAGGGCUCAACAACUCCAACAACCCCAACCAAGAGCCAAAUCAAGAUGCUUCCCACCACCAGAAGCACCAGGCGCCAGGCUUCAGGAAUCCGUGGUACUCGCCUGGCCAGCAGGCCAGCGGCGCUGCCGUCAACUUGUCGCAGUCGCCAACCAAAAGCCAGGGCAUACCGUUGUUACAACAGCACCAGCACCAGCAAUCCAAGCGGCUCUCGUUCGCCAACCAGCUCCCCACCACAUACGAGUACGACCAGCGACAACUGCUUGCGCCUCCCUACAUCCACCCGCCCACCAGAGCCGACAACCCCUUCAACCAGUACUACACCAACCAGGAGGUGUCGUUGGCGGGUAACGACAGGCGGAUGUCUGCGGCGGUGGACGGACCCUACUACAACUCGUACAACUCGUACGCAUCCCAAAACGCCCCCAAUGCCUACCAGGCCCAAUACCUCCAGAAUCCACCUGCCCACCUUGGCCCUCCAUUGGGCGCUACCAGGAGAUCCUCGGUAGCUACUGGGUCCUACGCUGCUGCCGACGCCAGAGAAAUGUACUAUCCCCCAGGUCGCAUGGGCAGAUCCCCGCUGAUAGUCCAGUACCAGCAGUACCAGCAAGCCCUCCAGUCCCAGCGCUCGGAAAACAAGAGAAGGCCCGCCCCCAAGGCUUACAAGGUGUACAACAAGUUGGACUUGAAACCCAAAAUCCACCACCAGCCCAAGUAUCGUCGUUGUUCGGUCAAUUCCAUCCACAUUUCACCCGUGAAUGCGUUGUCGGUCUAUCUCACUGAGUCCUACAGCAUUUGUCAACCCCGCAAGUUCCAAUACUCCAAAUCCACCAACCCCAAGAGAGUGCUUACCAAGCCCCUGGAGCCAAAAUUCAACAAUGGUCAUGACAACGAAGAUAGUGACUACAUUCUCUAUGUAAACGACAUACUCGGCACGGAAGAGGGCCGUAAAUAUAUUGUUUUGGAUCUUCUUGGCUCUGGAACGUUUGGUCAAGUGGUCAAGUGCCAGAAUCUCUCCAACCAGUCGGUAUGUGCUGUCAAGGUGAUCAAGUCCAAGCCAGCCUACAUGAACCAAUCACUCACCGAGGUCAAACUCUUGGAGUUCUUGAAUGCAAACAGUGAUGGCAAGAGCUUCAUCAGAUUGUUGGAUACAUUUAUGCAUAAAGAGCAUCUUUGUUUGGUGUUCGAAUUAUUGGCCUCCAACUUAUACGAGCUUAUCAAACAAAACCAAUUCCAAGGAUUGAAUAUAAAAUUAGUCAAGUUGUUGACCCGUCAAUUGCUUGAAGCCAUGUCCCAACUAAAAGGAUUCCAGAUGAUACAUUGUGAUCUAAAACCAGAGAAUAUUCUUCUAUGCCAACCCGAUAAGCCAGACAUUAAGGUGAUCGAUUUUGGAUCUGCAUGCUUUUCACGUCAAACGAUAUACACCUACAUCCAGUCAAGAUUCUACCGCUCACCCGAAGUCAUUCUUGGAUUGCCAUAUACAGAGUCAAUUGAUAUGUGGUCUUUGGGAUGUAUAGUGGGUGAGUUGUUCCUAGGAUUACCUAUGUUCCCGGGAACCUCUGAAUACAACCAGAUCUGGAAAAUCGUGGACAUGCUAGGCUACCCCCCUCGGCAUAUGAUCGAAGUAGGACGGAACUCGUUGAACUUUUUUGAGAAAGCUCCUCAAACCACCGAGACCAAGCCAUCAUAUCAAGUCAAGAGCUUUGAACAGUACGUACAAUUUUUGGCGAAGACGAAAGGCAAAGAAGAACACCUGGAACAACCUAAUAAGAAUUAUUUCAAGCAACGUUUGUUGAAAGACAUUAUAAUGAACUACAAGUUGCCAUCCAAAAAGAUGACGAACAUGAUGAUCGAGAAGGAGUGCCAGGAAAGACUAUUGUUGAUUGAUUUCUUGACCAAGGUGCUCAAUUUGAAUCCGUUGGAAAGGUUGACUCCACAAGAGGCCUUGAAGCACCCUUUCGUGAACGAUGUGCGAACAAUCGACACCCCCAGCAAUAAGAAGGAAGCCAAAGAAGUCUAA